UUCAAUGACGUCAUAGACAAUGUUCAGUAUUUUUUAGGGUCACAUUCAUACGUCAUUAACGUCAAAUGUUACAUCAACAGCUCAUGCACACAUGCAAUAGUAAAAAGACUUGAUUUUAUAUUGUAACGUUAAUAGAUGGAAUGCAUGUUAGUCUUUGAAUGAUCGAAAAGACAGUACAUAAGAAUGACUGUAGAACAUCGGCUGAACGUUGUUCUGGUUUUGAUUUUAUGCAUCAACGGCGACAUUUUGGCAAACUCAUUGUUAGAUGAUAAACACAUAAAUGAAUUCAUCAACUCUAGGAAACUUCGUGAAGAUGGCUUUAAUGAGUUUGAGUUGACAUCAGUUCAAGAAAAUAUAAAUUCAAAUCAACAGAGCCUAGAUGCUGCGUCAAUCCAUCGACGAAGAAGAUCCUUAGACCCUAGUAAAUUAAUUGACAUUACAAUAUCUGCAUUUGGGGAAGCGUACAACAUGAUUCUUCAACAUACACUGUCAGCACUUCAACCUUCAGCUAAGGUGUCCAUUAUAGCUGAUGAACAAGAAACGGAAUGGAAUGGUGAUCAUCCGGAUUGUUUCUUGAUUGGAAAUGUCCAUUCUCAUGAUGGAACUGCAUCGGCAUCAUUUUGCAAAGAAUUGCAAGGAAUGAUGUCAACUAACGACCAUGAACUUCACUUUGAAGUUUUACCACAUCAUAUCCGAAAACGUAGUAUAUUAAAAAGUGAACAGCAUACAACACUGAUAGCAAGAAAACGACGUGAAGAUUUUAAGUUCGCAGAUUUAAGCAAAACGAAAGAUUACAUUCUUAUUAAUCAAACUGAACCCAACCACCAAAGAAUACACAAACGAGCGGUGCCUUCUUCUGAUUUUACAAUAGAAUUGGCAGUGUAUGUUGAUGCUGACUUCUUGGCUUAUAAAUUACCAGCUACUGAUAUGACACGCAGAGUGGAAAUGAUGCUUUUGAAAUAUAAUGCAGUACAGUUUGAAUGGGGUCGUGCCGAAGUUUUAAAUUAUAACGUCACUCUAUCAAUAAAGCUGAUGACGUUUUUUGAAACAAAUCCGUCCUGGUACAAUGCUUCUACUGCUCUGUCAUAUCCCUUGAAUACUAUAUGUACGGGAACUCAAGCUGGUCUAGCUUACGAUCAUGUUCAUGUUCACACAGGCAUUCCGGAACCAGCAUUAGGAGGACUAGCUUACCAAAAUAACAUUUGCAAUCCUAGAUAUAGAUGUGGUGUUUCUGCAGAUGGACCUACAACAUAUGUCGCAACAGUCCAUGAAAUUGGUCAUAACAUGGGUAUGUUUCAUGACGCUGAUAGAAAUUGUUUAUCUCCAGACGUUGGUGUUAUGGGUGGCGCUGGUGUCGGAUGGAGUACAUGUAGUGUCAAUGAUAUGAACACUAUGUUACAAACAGGGAACCAUGGAUGUCUAUGGAUAGACAAUAUUGCUGAUAAUGAGGUCACUCCAGCAUCACUAGUAGGAAUAACAUUAGUGCCAGAACUUUUAGGUCAGAUGAAAACAGCAGAUGAAGUAUGUGAACAGUUAUACGGAAGUGGAUUUAAAUACCGUGAAUAUCCAGAUGUUGUUAACCCUUCUUGUAACCUGUACAGUUGUGUCGAUCAUAACGUUGGGAACGCACAUGGUCGGAUGUUCAAGCAGCCUAAUUCUAUUACCGGUCUCUACUGUGAAUAUCAAAAGAUCUGCUUUGCUGGUGCCUGUAAAGCUUGGUCUGAAGCUCAAUUAUCUAAUCUUGAAGUACGUGCAGGAGGAUGGUCAACCUGGGAAUCAUCGACUACCUGCUCCCGGACAUGUGGACGAGGCCUUGUAUACAGACGAAGAAGAUGUGAUAAUCCGACUCCAAAGAACAGUGCAAAUUGCGUUGGAAAUGAGUACGAAGCUGAAGGCUGCAAUCUUACGCCCUGUGCUGGGGACAGUAACAAGGAUUCUAAUCUUAUAAAACAAAGAGCAUCAGAGACUUGUCAAAAGCUUAUUGAUAACAACAUCAUUAAUGGGACUGAAUAUACAGCUUCAGGAACUAUUUACUCAUCACUAAACCAUGGUGUAUGUGAAGUUUUGUGUAAAUCAGCUCCGGGGUAUACUAGACCUGAUUUGACAAGAUUUGGAUUGAUAGAAAACGGUACACCAUGUCCUGGAACUUUAGAUGCAGCUGAUGCAAAGCAAUAUUCCCGACGUCCAGGGUUUUAUUCCGCUUGCUUAGAGGGUUAUUGUCAGAGAUUCGACUGUAACAAUACUCUGAAUGCUGGAGUAUUUGAUGGAUGUGGCGUGUGUAAUGGUGACAAUAGUACAUGUAAUAUCCGAGAGGGAAAUUAUACUGAUGAUGUGGCACAAUGUUUUAUUUGCAUUCAUAGUGCAGGUCAAUAUCAAUCAGACAUUAACAGUCUUCACGACUGUCCGUGCAAAUUAUCAAUGCGUUUUCCGAUUUAUAAUGAACAUUUUAUUAAAGUAUGUAUAUUUUAUAUAGGGCAACGAAAAGAGUGGACAAAAAUUCCAGUUGGUGCAUAUAACAUAGAAAUGUCAUUUGUAUGGAAUGAUAUGAAGCAAUAUUACACAGAAAUAUUUUCUAAAGAGGGAAAACCAAUUAUAACGAGUAGCAUAGCCGGUGAUAGCAGGAUAUUUCAAACUGGAGAAAAUCCAAUUAAUUUUGGCGGAACUUUGUGGCAUAAUGAUGCUUUUGUUGCGGUAAUGCAUGCCAAAGGACCAUUGACAAAGCCAGUGGUUGUGAAGGUGUAUAGCAUGGGAUCAAACACUAAUACUCGAAUGCAGUAUCUGUAUUCUGCGCCAACUAAUAUUGAUUCGUGUACUGGGACAUGUGAGAAUGGUGGUACAUGGAGUACAGAUAUGUGUGCUUGUGAUUGUCCUACUGGAUAUACGGGGAAUCUAUGUACCAGUCAAUGCUCAACGCAAUGUAAUAAUGGAGCUGCCGUUAACGAAUCCAACUGUGAAUGUAUAUGCAAUGAAAAACAGUACGGAAGCAAAUGUAAUUGUCGAUAUCCCUUUACUGGUGGAUACUGUAACACGUGUAAACAUGUAACUUGUGACAAUAAUGGUGUAUUUAAUGCUAUAUCAUGUCGUUGUGAAUGUUUACCUGGUUAUGGUGGACUUCAGUGUGAUGUAACGUGUGCAGAUACAGGUGAUAACGCUACAUGUACGGCAGGAGCAGCCGCAGGAAAUUGUAUAUCAGAUAAUUUGAACAUGGAACAAACAUGCAUGGUAUCGUGCAAUUUGUGUGUUGAACAAUCACCUUCUGCUGUUCCCAGUACUACAACUUCAAGUGGAGCCAACUUCAGGAACUUUGAGUUAGAGAUCAUCAUUAUCAUUAUUGCGGUCGCACUGAUGUUCGGGAAAAGUUGAUUUUACAAGAAUUGUCAAAUGAUAAAAAGACUUAAUGUUCCUGUGCACAAGAGUAUUUUCAUGUUUAUAACGUUAAUUUUUAAAUUUUGGUUGACCAUGUUAUUUGUAAGUCUAUUCUUAAAAAGACUUAUUUGCAUAUAAAAUUUUGAUAACUUGGUCAACUUCAAUACCUCAAGUGAACAUAUAUAAAGGCAUUUCCAUACAAAAUAUAUUAUUUCCGUCCAAAAAAGUUUAUCUUUAUUAUGUUAUGUUCGAGUUCUGUUUUGUUAUUGUACGGGUAUAUUUUCACAAAGUAUUUCAUUUUAC